AUGGCUUCCCCGAACUUACCAACCUUCAAUGGCUCGUCUGUCGAUGCGCACGCACCGGGUCACAGUACAGAUGAGUCCAUCACCAGAGAUGGGUUCAAGGUCACCGUGCGGAAGCUACCUAUUCUCAAGGCCGGCCCUAUAGAGGACAUGACAAAAAAGCUGGGAAUUGCACCGCCCGAGAUGAUUUUCGGCGAUAACCUGGCGCGCAUUGAGCACCCUCAGAGUGGUUGGAGCAUUGAGUUCAACGCCUUCGAUGCACUCGACCGUGUCGACAAAACGGGCGAGUCGAUGCUAAAGGUGUCCUACUCCAAAGAAUGGCAGGAGAAUCGGCAGAAGCAGUUCGAAGAGAUAAAAGAAGUUGUCAAGCCGUUCGACUGGUCUUACAGCACCGACUACAAGGGCACUAUUUCGGGACCCCAGUUUCAACCAACAGAUAAACCGAUACCCAUCGACCUUCUCAUGCGUCAAGACCCGAUCCUGUUCUUCUCAGAAGUCAUGCUAUACGAGGAUGAGCUGGCCGAUAACGGCAUUGCGAUGCUGUCAUGCAAGAUACGGGUUAUGCCGCAGAGGAUGCUGCUGCUGUCAAGGUUCUUCAUGAGGCUGGAUGGUGUUCUUUUCAGAAUACGGGACACAAGAGUAUAUAUCGAAUUCAGCACAGGCGAGGUGAUUAGGGAAUAUACCGCUCAUGAGGAGAAAUAUGAUGUCGUCAGGGCGGCUUUGGUUGGAGGAACAGAUGAUGUCCUGGCGAUUAUGAGGGAUCCCAACCAGUUGAUCAAAAAGGAUCGGGCUCUCGUUCCCAUCGUGGAGAGAAGCUUGGACAGAGUGGUCCUGAAAUGA